GUUCGGACAAAAACUUGAAAGUUAUCGUAUCGGCGGGCUUUGUUGGGCCUUGGCUGGCGCAGCCCAAGAUGUUGUCCGGUGCCAUGGCCGCCAUGGACCAGGCGCGCACGGGUGCGACUGCGGCAUUGGAACGCCAUGUGGAGCGGGCCAAGGCCACGGACAAAGAGGAGCCUUCGCCAGGCUGCUGCAACUGACGCAGUAGAGCAUGCCCGAGGUUCUGUGGUCAGUCUUUCUACCGUUGGACCAGUGCCCUGUGCUGUGUGUGGCCAGUCCACAAAAAGUGGAGAUGGUGGUGCAUGUGGAGAUGUAGGUGAUAUGGCUGUGAAGGACCCCAAGGACGACCGCAAGCGAUGUUAUAGUUGCCUCUCCGCUGCUGAACGAGACCAGGUGGUGGUCACUGUGAAGGAGGAGCACCUCACCCUUGACAGUUUUUUUGCAGGCGAACCACCUCCGGUGCAUGUGGACCCUGAAGAGACUGUGUUAGAAAAGGCACAUCGCUUGGGGUCUUUAGCGCUGGGUGGUGCCGUGGACCUCAUGGGUUGGAUUCCAGUGGUGGGAUCUGUCACCAAAGGCACCAUCAAGGUCUUGCACAAGGUGGUGAAGUUCGGACCUUUAGCGCUGUACAGUGCUGAACUAGUAGAAACAUUGCAGCUGCUGGUGGUGAUGGCCAAUCGGACUGGAGUGGCCAAGGCAGCGGAGGAGGAAAUCCAGGAAGGCACGAAGGCAUCUUCCGGCCGAGCACUCGAGGUGUCUGAAAUGUCCGUUGGCUUCUACUAUCUUUUGCUUGAGCAUCGAAACCGCGCGGCCUUGGACCCGGACGGUGUGCUACGAGAGCAUGGUCAAUGUCCGAAAGUGGAGGCCUCCGUCUUGGACGAGUUGGUGGACUGUUUGCCCUUAGCCACUCCUGUGGCCUAUGCUGCUAGCGCGGCUGAAGCGCAGAGGCAGUUGCGUUUGCUUGGGAACUGGGAGCUGGUCCUCAGAGAGCCUCAGGGGCCUGGCGGACAGCCAGCUUUCGUAGUCGCAGUGGAUCGACGAGCCAAGCGUGUAGCAGUACUGGUGCCUGGGACCCAAAGUCCUGGGGACUGCGUCACGGACCUCAAGGCCUUGCCCGUCCGCGUGGUGGCAGAUGGCAGUUCUGUUGGCUGGGUGCAUCGUGGCAUGAUGCGCCAGGCAUGUGCGAUUGUGCGCAUUGUGGGGAGUGCGCUGGAGAGGUUCGAGAAGGAUGGCUACGAGGUGCUUUUCAUUGGCCACUCCUUGGGCGCAGGAGUUUCUGCAAUUGCCGGGGCCAUUUGCCGCUUGGGAAUUGAAGGUGUGAAGUUGAAGAAGGUCAGAAGCCUUUGCUAUGCUACGCCAGCGGUUGGAAAUGGUAGCUUUGGGAAGUUUUGCGAGGGCCACGCUGUGACGGUCAUCAAUUGCGAGGACAUUGUACCCCGGCUCAGCAUCGAGACCGCGAGGAAGCUGCGGGAAGAGCUUUCGUCCCGCCGUGAGGCCGUGCGGCUCUUUGUAGCUGAGGAUAUUGAAGCUUUGAAGGAUAUCAACAACAUAACGGAGAAGAAGACGCGAAGCAAGAGUGCUAGCUUGACAGCAGCGGAGGUGCAGCAGGGAGAGGAGGCCGCCAAGGAGCUGGCGGAAUUGGGCAUCCCAGCACCACAGCCAGGCACCUCCGCCAAGGUGGCGGUUGAGGAGUCAAUGGAGGCGAAGGCCAAGAAGGUUCGCAAGCAGAAAGGCUUUUUGUGUUGCACCACCGCGCAAGAGGACUCAGAGCCAGAAGCAGAGGAGGAGAUCGACGACUUGCUGGAGCCAGAUGAUACCGACCCAGCAGAUAUUCGCUUGGUUCCACCGGGCCGCUUGCUGCAUUUGGCACGGCAUUCUGGAGCCCGUCGUGCUUGGUGGAUCAGACGCAAUCAUCCUGUGCUGCAUCGGAUUCAGGUGCACCAUGGUAUUGGCCAAGACCACUCCGGCGACAGUUAUCGUGAAGGCUUGCAGGAGGCGUUGCUCGCUGCCAAUGGCAUUGUCCCGCAACCCUGGGCUCCAGUGGACCAAGCUGCUGUGUGCGCCUGCUGCUCCACAGACUUCGUGUGGUCCACAGUGCUCCGCUCUGAGCCUCAUCGCCUAGCAGCUCGCUGCCGGUGCCAUGCCUGUGGUGCUGUGGUAUGUGAUGGCUGCUCGCAGCGCAAACAAGCCUUGCCGAAGGUGGGCAUUCUGAGAGAAGUGCGAGUUUGUGAUAGAUGUUUCUUAAAGCCAUCAGCUUUGAGAUAGCAUUGCUAGGAGGCUUAAGAACCUCCUCCCUCCUUCUCUCAUGCAAGUCCAUGGUUGUUCGCAUUGUUGCUUUGAAAGUGAUACUCAUGUUGAGGGUGAUGGUCCGGCCCAUUUGUCAUCCGUCCCCUGGCGCAAAGCGCUUAUCUUAAUCUUUGUCCCACCAAUAGGGCCACCGCAAGCCACAAGGCGUGUAAGGCGCGCCUGGGGGGUCAGCGAAGUUUGCCCUCCAAGCGAAAUCGCCUGAAGGCCCUCUC